UCCUAUCUCAUCUUGAUCCGCACAGCCCCGAAACAAUUCGCACAGUCAGUGUUCAUAUCCAACCCAGGUUAGGUCAAGGAGCCAAGAUGGGAGCAGCAAUCCGCGCCGUCCCCAAUAGGGCCACCAGGGCAGUCGAUCUCCUCCGCACCGUUCAGUUCUCUCAUCCACCAUCCUGUCCGUGCCACUCCAACCCCAAUCACCACCACCACCACCACCCGGCCUCGGCAGCAUCCACCGUCUCCCGCUUCGCAGACCGCCUAGCCAGGCCCAGCCUAUCUCGGUCGCGGGGGUAUGCCACGCCGCGCGACCCGUCCCAGCAAAAGGAGUAUGCCUUUGAGAUGGCGGCCUCGUCGAUCCGGUUCGGGCCGGGGGUCACGCGCGAGGUGGGCAUGGACCUCAAAAACCUCGGGGCGAAGCGCGUGUGCGUCGUGACAGAUGCCACGGUGGACAAGCUCGAGGCGAUGCAGCAGGUGCGGGAGGCGCUGGAUGCGGAAGGGGUCGAGUAUAGGGUGUUUAAGGGGGUGCAGAUCGAGCCCAAGGAUUACUCUAUCAAAGAAGCCAUCGCCUGGUCCAAGGCGUACUCCCCGGACAGUUUCCUCGCCGUAGGUGGCGGCUCGGUAAUUGACACGGCCAAGCUCAUGAACCUAUAUACAUGCUACCCUUCCGCCUCCUUCCUCGACUUCGUCAACGCGCCCCUUGGCAAGGGCCUACCCAUCACCCGCAAGCUCCUACCGCUGAUCGCGGUCCCCACGACGGCGGGAACGGGCAGCGAGACGACGGGCACGGCCAUCUUCGACCUGACGACGCACCACGCCAAGACGGGCGUCGCGCACAGGAACCUCAAGCCCACCCUGGGCAUCUGCGACCCGCUCAACACGCGGACCAUGCCCGCCGCGGUCAAGGCGAGUUCGGGGCUCGACGUGCUGUGCCACGCGCUCGAGUCGUGGACGGCGAUACCAUUUAGCGAGCGCACCCCGAGACCCGCGAACCCAAUCCUUCGCCCGGCGUACCAGGGCGCGAAUCCGAUCAGUGAUGUUUUCUCGUUGAGUGCGCUGCGCCAGACGGUCAGGUACCUGCCGCGGUCGGUGAGGGAUCCGGAGGACUUCGAGGCGCAGAGUGAGAUGCUGCUUGCGGCUACGCUGGCGGGCGUUGGGUUUGGGAAUGCGGGGGUGCAUUUGUGUCAUGGCAUGUCGUACCCCAUCUCGGGCCAGAACCCGGGCUACAAGCACGCCGGGUACGAGGUCGACACGCCCAUCAUCCCGCACGGCGUGUCGGUCGCCGUGUCGGCGCCGGCCGUGUUCAGGUUCACCGGCCCCUCAAACCCGGAGCGCCAUCUCGCGGCCGCCGAGGCGUUCGGCGUGGAUAUCUCCAACCUGAAGCGGGAGAGCGCCGGCGAGGUGCUGGCCGAGGCUCUGACCAAGUUCUUGGCUGACUUGGGCGACCAGCCAGCAGGCCUUAAGGCGCUUGGGUUUGGGCGCGAGCAUAUCGAGGACUUGGUCGAGGGCACGAUUCCCCAGGCGCGGGUGCUGAUGCUGGCGCCGGGGUUAGCUAAAGAGCUGGAGCAGGAGAGGGAUCAGCUGAGGCGGUUGUUCGAGGAUGCGUUGGAGCAUUGAUGGGAUGGAAGAGCCGGUGUUGUAGGGCUAUUGUGCUGUUUAUUGUUUACAUUGUGGAGAUGGAUUCAGGGGGCGGCGCGUGAAAUGAAGCAAGUGGAAAGUGCACAGUAGAACACAAUGGCCAUGAAAUACAUGGCUGUGGAUAUACGCUUCACACGAAUAGAUUCAAGAUGUGAUUGUCGAGUUGAGCUCAG